GUGGCCGGGCGGCACGACCACCGACGUCCCCAUUCCGUGAAUCCUCUUCCAGCAUCACCAUGAGCCACGACCACGACCACGACCACGACCACGAUCACCACGACGUCGUGUUGAACCGCGCCGAAUCCAAGGCCCGCAAGGCCAUGCAAAAGUUGGGUUUGAAGCAAGUGAACGGCAUCAUCCGUGCCACGAUCAAGAAGAGCCAAGGUGUGCUGUUCGUGAUCAGCAAGCCCGAUGUGUUCAAGAGCUCGGCCAGCGAAACCUACGUCAUUUUCGGUGAAGCCAAGAUCGAAGACACCAACAACCAACCCCAAGUGCCUCAAUUCGACCAAGAAGAAGCACCCGCCGCCGAAACCAAGGCUGUCGCUGCUGACGACGAUGAAACCGAAGUCGACGAGUCUGGCGUAGACCCCAAGGAUAUCCAAUUGGUCAUGACCCAGUCGAACGUGUCGCGCGCCAAGGCCGUCGCGGCGUUGAAGUCGAACGACAACGACGUUGUGAACGCCAUCAUGGAAUUGACCAUGUAAGGUGGUUUGAUUUAAUAAUAGUCAAUAGAUGCGAUGUUCUGGUUGGGAUCCA